CAUAUGAGAGAUGCCCUAAAUGUAGAGUUGGUUCUAGCAAUUUCUCAUUCCACUCUUGAUCAGACAGCACUCACAGCAGCAUCUGAUCCAUUUUUGGUUACCACUUUACUCUUCUUAUAUCCAUUAUCGGAUCGUGGUGUUUGUACUAUGUCCUGCUCGCUAUUUGCACUGUGCUUUAAAUUUACGCGGAAGACUAAAAGAAAUGUGGAUAUGUUUAUAUAUUCUGGGCAAGCUCAUACUCAUCAAACACCAAAUAUCAACUUCUACCGCCCAUGCCACCUGCAAUGCAAGCUCCUUUUUUAUUCGACUUUUCCAGGGUGGAAUCUGGGGUUUUGAUCACUCAAUUCAUUAUGAAACUGUUUUGGGCAUUGAUGUUCGCAGCUUUCUACUUUGGGUAUUUGUCCCAAGGCCAAGGGGAUAACUCAACUCUUUCUGCAAGGCCUAGAGUUGUGAACAUUGGGUGUAUUCUCACGUUGAGAUCUGACGUUGGUAAAAUUACAAAAUCGGUAAUAGAAACUGCAGUAGAAGAUAUCAAUUCUAAUCCAACUGUUCUUGGAGGAACCAAGUUGAAUAUCACCAUCCUCGACAACAACUCCAAUGGAUUGCAGGGGAUAGUUGAAGCUAUACACUACAUGGAGACCGACAUUGUGGCCAUAAUUGGCCCCCAAUCAUCAGUCAUAGCUCAUGCGAUUGCCCACAUUGCAAAUGAGAUCCAUGUGCCUCUAUUGUCUUUCUCUGCCACUGAUCCUGCUCUCUCUUCGCUUCAGUAUCCAUUCUUUGUCAGGACCUCACCAAAUGAUAUGUUUCAGAUGGCUGCAAUAGCAUCAAUUGUCGAAUACUAUAACUGGAAAGCAGUGAUUGCUAUAUAUGUAGAUGAUGACUAUGGAAGGAGUGGCAUUGAUGCAUUGGCAGAUCAACUUGCUAUGCGGCGUUGUCAGAUCUCUUAUAAAGCACCUCUGAAACCUCAAGCAACAUUGGAAGAAGUGAGGGAUACCUUAUACCAGCUGGUUUUAACUGAAUCGCGAAUUAUUGUUGUUCACACUUAUGCUUAUAGCGGACUGGAUAUAUUUUCUGAGGCGAAGAGUUUAGGAAUGACAGAAAGUGGGUAUGUGUGGAUUGCUACGCAUUGGCUCUCCACUAUCAUUGACACCAUAGGUCCCCAUUCUCCAGACGUAAUGGACAAUAUUCAAGGAACUAUUACAUUACGCACAUAUGUUCCAGAUUCAGAAGGAAAGAGGAAGUUUGUCUCUAGGUGGAGCGAUUUGGCCAAAAGAAUUGAUACUAAUAGUACUUUAGGGAUGUGCACUUAUGGUUUAUAUGCUUAUGACACUGUGUGGCUACUUGCUCGUGCUCUUGAUGCAUUCUUCAAACAGGGUGGAAACAUUUCAUUUUCAAGAGAUCCUAUACAUAGAGCUGGGGGCUUAAAUCUUUAUUCUAUGAAUGUGUUUGAUGGAGGGAAGUUAUUGCUUGAAAACAUUUUGAAGACCAAUAUAAGUGGUGUGACAGGGCUAUUCAAAUACACCUCCGACAGGGAACUCUAUCGCCCUGCAUUUGAAGUUAUUAAUGUGAUUGGAACUGGAACCAAGAAAAUUGGUUACUGGUCUAAUUACUCUGGAUUAUCAGUAGUGCGUCCUGACUCUCUCUACUCUUAUCCACCCACUCAUUUACCAUCCAAUCAAAAACUAUAUCCUGUGUUCUGGACAGGAGAAACAAUACAGACACCUCGAGGGGCGGCCUUUCCAAUCUUUGGGAGGCAACUGAGAGUAGGAGUCUCUAUCGAAGCUGUCCUUAAUGAAUAUGUUAAACAAGUACCAGGUACUGAUAUGUUCCAAGGGUACUGUAUAGAGGUCUUCACAACUGCAAUAAAAUAUUUGCCAUAUUAUGUACCAUACAAAUUUUUCCCCUUUCGAGAAGAAAACAAUACAGAACUUGUGCGCCAAGUCACUGAAGGGGUUUAUGAUGCAGCCGUGGGCCUCAUUGGAAUCCACUCUAACCGGAUAAAACUGGUUGAUUUUACUCCACCUAUUAUGUAUUCAACCCUAGUUUUGGUGGCACCAUAUAGAGAGAGGGGCUUUGGAACUUGGGCUUUUCUUAGGCCAUUUACUCCUACAAUGUGGUGUGUCACCGGAAUACUUUUUCUUACUCUUGGGGCAGCAAUUUGGAUUUUGGAGCAUAGAGUGAAUGAUGAUUUUCGCGGACCUAUUAGAAAGCAAAUUGAAACUAUUAUUUGGUUUGGUUUUUUGACAUUUCUCUCUGCCAGCAAAGAAAAAAUUGUGACCACCUUAGGACGCCUUGUCCUUAUGACAUGGCUACUUGUGAUUUUAAUAAUAAACUCUAAUUACAUUGCCAACCUUUCCUCAAUCGUCGUGGCUCAACAUCCUUCUUCCAUAAUCAAAGGAAUUGAAAGUUUGGUAGCAAGAAAUGAGCCCAUUGGUUUCGUUCGUGGUACUGGUUCAAGUGCUCGUACUUAUCUGAUUGAAAAACUCCACGUUCAGGAAUCCAAGCUCAUUCCUUGUAAGAUGGAAGAUUGUGCUAAAGCUUUAAGAGAUGGUCCCAAUAAAAAAGGUGGCAUUGCCGCCGUGAUAGGUUACAGUAUUUAUAUGGAACUCUUCCUCUCAACCCACUGUGAAUUCGUUACUGUAGGCCCAGAGAUCAACAGAACCGGAUGGGGAUUUGCCUUUCCCAAAGACUCUCUUCUGGCAGUUGACAUGUCAACUGCAAUUCUGAAAAUGUCAGAAACUGGGGAGCUUCAAAGGAUCCGAGACAUGUGGCUGCUGAGAAGUGCUUGCAUGUCGCAAAACACAGAGCUUAAAGUAAAUCAGUUUGGAGUGAAGAACUUCUCAGGGCUUUUCUUAAUGUGCGGAGUUGCAUGCCUUGUAGCCUUGCUGCUGCAUUUCAUUAUGGCAAUACGCCACUUAAUUACUUGAAUAGCUAGCUAGCUAGUAGUGUAUAUAUAAGAUUUUAAAUGCAUAUAUGCUACAUACAUGCAUCUUUUAUCAAAAUUUGAAACAUUUUGGUAUGUGUAUCUUGUAACAUUUUCUAUUUUGUCACUAUUAAUGGUGCAAGUUAAUAGGUCAUUUAUGGU